UUGACACCUCUCACCAACCACACAGACUCAUCGCCGCAAAAGGGAAAUAGUCCUCUACAUGCACAUGUUACCGCCGGGAUGGCUGCCACUAAUGGCACCGAGUCAAGGACACCAGUCUCCCAAACGAACGAGCAAAUGGCACGCAAAAGCCGCCCGCAAAUGCUCCCGCCACCAGGCAAGAUCAAAGGGUACAGAGCGGUAUGGGAUCCAGAAUUGGACGUCAAGCUCAGCAAGGAAGAGCGUAAGCGUGCUACACAACGCAAAAAGGAAUUCGGCAUCGAGACAACCAUGGCGCCGCCAGAUCCUAGAUUGGCCAUCCCGGGAUAUAUGUCAGGCAAUUGUCGCGCCAAGACCAAGCCCAGCAAGGCUAUCCUGCGGAUUGCGCCAUACAAUCUGCCACCAUUCAAGACCGAUGCCAAUUCCGUCGGUCCUGGCGAAGCAGAGCAGAUCGUGGUUGUCGGAUUCGAUCCCUUCAUGAUGGAAUCGACUUUGCGGGUGAACUUUGGCACAUUCGGCAAGAUUGCCUCGCUGACGAACAAGACUGAUCCCGCAACGGGAAGUUUUCUCGGCAUUGCGCAAAUCAAAUUUCGAGAUCAUAAUCAGAAUGGUCAGGAAAUUUCGGCAGUCACUGCGGCGAAAAGUGCAGAAGCGGCUUUCAAGAGUGGUCAGAAGCUGCAACAGCAAUCUGUCAAGGUUGAGCUGGAUCGCGAAGGGCGGAGGUGUAAACGCCAUGUCGAGGAAGCGCUGCGGAAAUUGAGAAACGAACAGGACAAGCGGCAUGGCCAUGCUCCAUCCGCACCGGCCACAGAAACUCCAAAGCCAGACGCGUCUGCACCGCCGCCCAACGCUCCGAAAGGCCCUUCUGCUUCAAGAGCCAAGGUUGCGCCAACUAUUGAAGUUGCGCCUCCCACAGGUCCUGCGAGUACAGUAGCAGCGCGCUCAGGCCCAGCAUCUCUCAUCGAGGAAGAGCCGAUCUUGAGCAAGAUCAAGCGCAAGCCUUAUAUUCAUAUUCCACAUAGCUCAGUACCCGUCCUGGGAACAACUAUUCCGCAUCUCAAAAAGCGACUAAAGGCGUUCGACUGGCGGGAGGUGCGAUUGGACAAGACUGGGUACUAUGUGGUAUUCGACGAUUCGAAAAGAGGCGAAGAUGAAGCGGAAAGAUGUUUUGCUGGGUGCAACAACGAGCUGCUUUUCACAUAUCACAUGGCGAUGGAAUGCCAGAAGUAUGGAAAUCCGGAUUACGAGCGCAGUCCUAGUCCGGAACGAGCAAUGGCAGAGCAGCAGAAGCAGGCACAACGGGAGAUGCUACUGCGCGAGGAUGCGGAAGAUUUUGAGAUCGAGAAGCAGAAUCGAGCCGCCAAUCUGGAUCCUGUUCUUGGUGCUUUAGAACAACUGCGCGCGGAGUUGCGCGACAAGAUCAUGAGCGAUGCCAAGGCAAGGAUCGCCAUUCCCAUUUUUCACGAAGGUCUGGAGCCGUCAAAGCAUGCUGCGAAGCGACGGAAAUUGGGUCUUCCCGAUCCAUCAGAAAUGGAGAACAAAUCGCGAGGGCUUCUUUUUGGAAGCGCGGGUGACAUGUCACCCCACAAGGGCCGACAUGGCUCGCACUCGAAACCGCUUCGGCCGCAUGACCCCAAUCAACAGCGUGGAAGGAAGGGCGAGCGCAACAAGGGCCCGAUGAAUGCAUUUGCGGAUGAGAGAAGACGGAAACCGGCGCCGAGACCGACCCAUGCUCGUGGAUUGCACUUUCGGCUACAGCAGAUGUAUGAAGAGGAGGAAGAAGAGGACUCGGACGAUGACGAGCAGCGGACAUCCAUCACUCGAGAUACUGAGGAACAGGAAAGCCGGCCACUUAGCCGUGCCAGUCGUACCUCUACGCCAUUCGAUUCAGAGUCUGCUGCAGAAACUCCACAGAACAAGCGACGGAAGCUCAACGAGUGGGACGAAGAGGACAAGGAGCAUUUCGACAAGUUCCAGCAGGACAUGCUGGGUCAUUUGCUAUCCAAGGAGCCCGAAGAUCUCGCGACCCGUGAGCUGGAACUGGUGGUUAAUACCCUACCACGCACCUCCAAAUACGCCACGCGCGCUCGGACGGAGCUGUUCAUUCGACAAAGAUCCAAAGCCGACGAUGAUCUCUUCGACGUUGCGCUGGCUACGAAGAAAGAUGCCAGUAAGCCCGGAGAGGCGGCUGCUACAGCGCUGGACGCCAAAGCCGCCAAAGAGAAGGUCAAGAAGAAGAGGAAGACUAAAAAGCAAAUCCUCGAAGAGCAGGAAGCCCUCAAAGCAGAAGCAGAGGAAGCAAAAGCCGCAAGCGAGUCCGUACCGCCCGAGAUCAGCAUCGAGAUCGAGGAAAAAGAGAUCGAAUUGGAGGCGAUGGAGGAAUUGGAACCCGAGAAGGACAUCGAUUUACGACUGACGUAUGACAAACCAAGACGGACAGUCGAGGAAGAGCUCACCAAACCCUUGGACAUCGAUGGCUGGCAAGACUAUCUCAAGGAUGACGAGGAUAUGCAAUUUGCGAAGCUGGCGCUGGCUGAAGAGGCUGCAUCGGAUCUCGGUGACGUUAAACUAUGGGCUUGGCGGCAGAAAGAGAUCAAGCAGAUGAACAGUGUGGAGACUCCAUCCGGUCUACAAUCCGACACGUUGAUCCAGGGCUAUUACGUCCCCAAUGCCAGCGGCUGUGCUCGAACCGAGGGCUACAAGAAAAUUCUCAACGAGGAAAAGUCCAAAUACCUCCCGCAUCGCAUCAAAGUCCAGAAAGCUCGCGAAGAACGACAAGCCCUCGCCAAAGCCAACCCCUCUGCUGCUAUCGAAGCCGCCAAAAUCGCCGCAGCGGAAAAGAUCGUCAGUAAAGCCACUUCUCGAAGUAAUCGUGUCAAUAACCGUCGCUUGGUCAAUGAUAUCAACCUUCAAAAGCAAACUCUCGCCGCUUCGAGCAACAACAGCGAUGCCGAUGUCGCUAUCCGCUUUAACCAGCUCAAGAAGCGCAAAAAGCUCGUCAAAUUCGAUCGAUCCGCCAUUCACGGUUGGGGUCUUUACGCCGAGGAGAACAUCGCCAUCAACGAUCUCAUCAUUGAAUAUGUCGGCGAGCUUGUGCGCCAGAAAGUCGCCGACAUGCGCGAAAUCAAGUAUGAGAAGCAGGGCGUUGGCUCGUCAUACCUAUUCCGCAUGUUGGAUGACGAGAUCGUUGACGCGACCAAGAAGGGCGGUAUUGCACGCUUCAUCAAUCAUUCUUGUAAUCCGAAUUGUACCGCCAAGAUCAUCAAAGUCGAGGGCACGCCGAGAAUCGUCAUUUAUGCCAUGAAGGACAUUGGCAAGAACGACGAACUCACCUACGACUACAAAUUCGAGCGUGAAUACGGCUCAACCGAUCGUAUCCCUUGUCUCUGCGGCUCAGCCAACUGCAAGGGUUUCCUAAAUUAG